UGAGGAAGAAGAGGAGGAGGAGGAAAGUGGAGGGACACUCGUGUCUGUCCUGCGCUCGUUUCCUCCUCACACGGUAACAUCGUAACAAUGGGGGAAUCUUCGAAGGAAGCCUCGGGUCUAGCGAGGACAACGAGCCGCGAGUGUACGUCGCUGUCCGGGGCUCCCUAGUGAGACCGAAGCAUCGGCCGAGACGACCGUGAGUCGGAGCAGUCAGUAGCCAUGGAGUUGAGAGUGGGAAAUAAGUAUCGCCUCGGGAGGAAGAUAGGGAGCGGAUCCUUCGGAGACAUUUACCUUGGUUCCAACCUUGCCACAGGAGAGGAAGUCGCCAUCAAGCUGGAAUGCGUCAAGACCAAACAUCCGCAGCUCCACAUUGAGAGUAAAUUCUACAAGAUGAUGCAGGGAGGAGGUGAGGCUCACAGAGUUGGUAUCCCGUCCAUCAAAUGGUGUGGAGCCGAGGGCGACUACAACGUGAUGGUCAUGGAGCUGCUGGGCCCCAGUCUGGAGGACCUGUUCAACUUCUGCUCCCGCAGGUUCAGCCUGAAAACCGUCCUGCUGCUAGCUGAUCAAAUGAUCAGCAGGAUCGAAUACAUCCACCUGAAGAACUUCAUCCACAGAGACGUGAAGCCCGACAACUUCCUGAUGGGUCUUGGGAAGAAGGGCAACCUCGUCUACAUCAUCGACUUCGGCCUGGCGAAGAAAUACCGCGACGCCCGAACGCACCAGCACAUUCCCUACCGAGAUAACAAAAACCUCACUGGCACCGCCCGCUACGCUUCUAUCAACACCCACUUGGGCAUUGAGCAAUCGAGGCGAGACGACCUGGAGUCGCUGGGCUACGUCCUGAUGUACUUCAACCUGGGAUCGCUGCCUUGGCAGGGGCUCAAGGCCGCCACCAAGAGGCAGAAGUAUGAACGCAUCAGUGAAAAGAAAAUGUCGACUCCCAUUGAGGUGCUGUGCAAGGGCUACCCCUCUGUGUUCUCCACCUACCUGAACCUGUGUCGAUCUCUGCGCUUUGACGACAAGCCGGACUAUUCGUACCUGAGGCAGCUCUUCAGGAACCUUUUCCACAGACAGGGCUUCUCUUAUGACUACGUCUUUGACUGGAGCAUGCUCAAGUUUGGGGCCAGCAGGACGGCCGAAGAUGGAGAUAUAGAACGAAAGGAGGAAAAAGACGAAGAGGAGCGAGCGGGAGAAGGCCAGAGAGUCGCCGGAGGUCGAGCUUUGCCGCCUGGACCCAAACCUUCGGCGGCCAACCGAGUCAAAAACGAAGCAGACGUCAUUCAGUCUAAAGCGGUCACUCGCGGCGUCCAGCAGUCAGGUAACCGCUCUCCUCAGGUCGGUCGAGCGGAACGGGUCGAGCGAGAGCGCAAAGUGGCCAUGAGGCUUCAUCGCGGCGCCCCCGCCAACGUGUCCGCCGGUGACCUUUCGGCGCGCCUCGACCAGUCACGCAUCACUGCAUCGCAGGUCAGUGUGCCAUUUGAACAUCUGGCAAAGUGAGUUCUUCCUGACUGGCCUGCUGGUCAGAGGCAGCGUCUAGAGGGAAUCAACUACCCCUCGCUUUUCAAACAGAUAAAUGAAACCAUGAGUGAGUGACGGAGCAGGAAGAAGGUGCGUUGCUGGCGCCUAAAUGGGGAGGUCAGUGGUGUCCACGUGUGAACUCUGGUGACCAGAAGGAGCGGAGGUAACGCUUCAAUGAUGGAAACCAGUGGGCCAGGAAAGAAACCUUCAAUAGUACUGGCCCAGUACUGUUUAUAUGGUGCAGUUUAGAGGGGGGGAAGUGACAGUAACCAAUAAUCACGUCCCAUAGACUCAGAGGCUCAAGACGUAAAAAACACAUACAGUACAUCCAAUUGCACAAACUUUCAGGUUUCUGUGGUUUACAGAUCUAACGUUAAUGUUAAAGAGUUAAAUAAGCUGCAUAUUGAUGUCUUUCAUACAAAAAUACCGAUAUAACCAGCGUGGCAGUCAGGCGUAUCAUUUGUGUAUUUAGACCUUUCUUAGAAAUCGUCUAAAAUGUCGGAGUGUUAUUAUCGUACUUGUUCAUCACCCGGCUUUGCCUCCGAGUCCAAAAUAUAAAAUGCAGGAAUGUUGAAUUAUAAAAUAUACAAAAAGAGAGUGCAUUGUUUCUCUUGAGUUGUUAAAACUGGACAAUGUAAAGACGGAAUGAGGAGAGAACCUCAAUGACUGAAUGUUAUUAGGACUCCUUAUUCCAAUAUGUAAGUUAAACAAUCUUGCUGAUGUACUGUAUAUGUCUGUUUUUUAUGUUGUACAUAAUCUAUGUUUUAUUUGGGCAAAAUGUAAAUAACAUAUGCCAGAAUGUACCAGAUCAAGAUGGUUAUCCCUAUAAAGUCAAAACACAAAUUAACUUAUAAAAGCUGAUUCUA